UCAAGUCUUAUCAUCCCAUGAAAAUGGUAACUUUUUAGACCACCUCAGAUGACACUUGCAUAUGAAUCCGUUUUCAUGUUUAAGUUUUGUUCACCUUUUUACUGCUUUGGCGUUAAUCGGCACAAAUGGAAUCACGAGUUUACAAAGGAGUCAUGUAAAUCGACUUCCAAGUCGGGAUGGACGUAGCACAAAAGGGUUAAGAAGCAUAAGGUCUAACAGUCGCCAAUCUAAAACAGAGGGCGGUCCUAUCAUCGACAUUGUAAAAAGUUGGAGGAUCAAACGAGACAACAGCCACCUGCAGGCUAACAAUGACAGUAAUUCAAAGCCAUGCAAGGGAAAUUCGUGCUUAUGGAGUGCAAAACAGCCUUUCAAAACCAAACCGAGGCGUUCAGUGGUAAAUCGCCGUCGAAGAAGACAGUCUGUCUUCUUAGCCAAAGCACUUGACAUGUUGGAUCAUGCUAGACCUGGGGAAGAUAGCAACUUUGCCACUCGCGCAACGGCAAAUAGGCCAUUCAAGCCAAUUACCACCAUUAAUAACAACACAAACAAAAUUACAGUAAAAAAUUCUACGCUGAUUAACAAGCCUACAAUGAACCAGUCUGGAGAUAAAAGACAGGGAUGGUCUGAUCCCACGGGCGAGAUGAGACCGCGUUUCUUUUUCAAUAGUGCACCCGCAGAAUACGUCGAGCAGAAACCUCCGUCUUUGAGAGCUGGUCCGGGACCAGAUAAUUUAGCAUUGCCUCCAGAGACCAGAGCAGGGCCACCUGUACCUGCCCACUUGCACGGGAUGAAUCAAUUCUUAAAAGGAGUCAAUAAUGGCUUACACGUGGGAAAGCAUCCUGUCCACUUUCCGCACAUACCAGCUACUAUCGUCGGUAAUCCCUUAUCCCAUCGCAUGACUGGUCCGUCCCAUUUCCAUAAUCAUCUACGUCACCAUCAAUUUGGUCCUCCACCAUACGCCAUCCACAUAAACGCACCACCCAGACUAGAGCCUCCUCUUUCACCCCCUAAUCUAAUGCCUCAAAACAUCCCUCCCUUUCCUCAACCACCUCCAGAAAUAUUAGGUGGGCCAAUGCCACCUUUAAAUCCACCGGUAGGCUUUGAACCUCCCCACUCACCCGGAAAUGACGCAGCUAUGCCUGGGGACGUCAAAAUGCUGCCGCCAGGAGGCAUUCCCAUGCCGCCGCCUCCUAUCAAUUUGCCGGAAAGUAUGCCACCUGAAGACUUGUCACCCGUUUUACCACCAAGACCUCCUUCUGGGGUUGAGUCUCCACCACCCGACUUUGAAAUAAUGCCACCUGCUGAGAUCCCGGUUCAUACAAAUCAUCCUAUUGAUGCACCAACUGGAGCACCGAGUAACCUUCAAAUUACGCCGCCACUAGGAAUUCCUAUGCCUCCGCCUGACUUUCAGAUAAUGCCACCUCCAGAGACACCUAUUCAAACAAAUCCUCCGAUGGAUACACCUAUUGGAAUGCCAAGUAAUCUUCACAUGACACCGCCGCAAGGAAAUCCUAUGUCACCCCUUCAGGCUGCUUUACAAGGAAUCUCUAUGCCAGGUGAGGAGCCACCGAUGCCACUUCCUCAUCAUGUUCAUCACGUCCCUUUUCCUGUGGCGGUUCCAUCACCACCUAGAAUAGAGAAUGUACCUUACCCAGUUCCCAUUCCAGGUCCACCAUCUAUUCAGCCUUUAGUUGUGCCCGUCCAAGUUCCAUCACCACCCCAGAUUCAGCGGGUGCCUGUUCCGGUAGAAUCUCCUCCUAAGAUUCAGAAUGUACCUGUCCCUGUUCCAGUAGCCGUUCCUUCUCCUCCUCAGAUAAAGCAUGUGCCAUAUCCUGUCGCCCUCCCCGUGAAAGAGCCAGGUGAAAUUCAAAAAAUAUUUUAUCCCAUAGCAGUUCCUCAACCGUCUCAGAUUCACCAUGUUCCGUUUCCUGUUUACAUUCGCUAUCCGUCAGAAAUAAGACGAGUUCCGUUCCCUGUUGCCUUACCUCCAAAGCCCUUUCCCGUUCCAGUACCUUCACCGCCACAUUACGUUAUCCAUCGAGUCCCUUAUCCAGUCAUGUUUCCGCAAAAAGUUCCUUACCCUGUUCCGCUUGUUGUUCAACAUCAUCACAUCCAUGAGGACGUCGGUAAUACAAGAGAGUCAGUAAGUAAUGGACAGUGUUUGGUGAAUCUUUGUCUUAAUGGGGGCACUUGCUCAGCCUACAUGAACACCUACCGAUGUCACUGUCCAAACGGAUUUCAAGGAAAGCAUUGCGAAGAGCAAAACAUGUGUGAGCCAAAUCCCUGUAAAAACUUUGGUACGUGCUCCCAAGUUGAGCAUGAGUACGAAUGUACCUGCACUAAGGGGUUUAUUGGAAAGAACUGUGACAGAGCAGACCCAUGCGUCCCAUCUCCUUGUGAAAACGGGGCUACCUGUUCAUCAGACGGAUCGUCAUACUCUUGCACUUGCAGAAUUGGUUGGAUAGGAAAGAAUUGCCAAGUUGAAUCAAAGUGCCUUCCAAUUAACCCAUGCCAAAAUGGUGGAACUUGCACAGAGGCACAAGGAAGAUACCAGUGUGACUGUACUCCCGGUUGGUCAGGCUUAAGCUGUGAAGUGUCAGCUCCGGAAACCCUUCAUCAAAGAGUAAUAUGCGAUAAUUGUCACACUUCGGAUGACAUUAUUGAGCAAAGAAAUAAACUGCGUCACAGACUGACAGCAAUAAAGAAAUGGAAAGGUACUAAAGGAUGGUUAGGGUUGUGCGUUGGGUCCCUGAGAGCCAUGUCGUUCCCUGUGGCUGAGAAGGGAAAGUCGACAGUCCGCGGUCGAAACAUGAUCAAAAAAUCAUCACAAUCUCAUCAAAGACUGAGCAACAUUCGAACUCAUUUAAAACAGCAUUUAUCAAGUGAAAUGCACAAUCCGAAGAAAAUAAUUAAGAGAAGAAAAGCUUUUAGACUAAAUACCGGAAAAAUUGCUGGCAUAUCUAGAGGAGUAAUUGCGAUAAGCAAAUUAAGACAUGGCUUCCUGAAGCAAAUUCCACAGGAAACUGAAAACCAUGUGUAUCAUGGAAGGAGAAAUAUUGCGUAUCAUAAGCCACCGUCGUUCCCCUCACACCUGGAUUUCAAAGUGGCUCGCCGGGACGAGGAUGGAGUUUUAAAGAGGUCUCGAAAUAGAGUGCGACUCAAAAAUAAAAAAACACAGGCUAGAAAUAUGGAAUCGUCAAAUAAGUGGCUUCCAAAGAAGGAAAACAUUACCUUGAACACAAAAGGACCGCAAAAUACUAAUGCUUCGAUGGAAAUGAAACGACAGCGUAUUUCAGAUGGAGUCAUGUUUGCUAAUAAACCCAACGAGUUUCUCAAUGAGGGCAUGCAGCUGAAUGAAAACCCCGAUAGUUUUUUUGCCAAUCCAUUGGCUGCUAAACCAGAGCAACGUAUUCUCCAUUCUUCUCAUUUCUUUUCCCCAGCAGUGCAUAAGUUUUUGCCAGCUGAACAUCGUUUCUCUGGUGAACCUAUUCACAGAUAUCUGUCAUCUCCAGUGCUAUUUAAGGAUGCAGACAGGGAAGGUUUCGCCCCUCUCGAUACCAGGGGCGAUUCAAACGGACCUUUUGAAGGUGCACCGAUGCCACCUCUAUUUGAAGGUCCACCUCGCCAUGGUAAUCGCGUCAUCAUUUUAAAUAGGCCCAUUCAUACUCCUGUUCCUGUGCCUGUGCACGGACCUCCAAGGAUUUCUGUGAUCCAUCAUCCAGUACUACUACCACCCCAACAGGUCCCUGUUCCUGUUCCAAUCCCCGGGCCGAGGCCUCCACAAUAUAUCGUUGUACACAGAGAAUUUUCAAGACCAGCGAUUGACCCUUGUGGUGUCAAUCCUUGUAGAAACGGAGGUACUUGUACAGCAGUAAUCACGGAUUUUAAAUGCAUCUGCCCGGUGGGAUACAAAGGAGAAAGAUGUGAAGUUCAAAGCAGAUGCUUGCCAAAUCCAUGCAAGAACUUUGGAAAAUGUACUGAGCUCCCUGAAGAUUUCGAGUGCACCUGCCACACUGGCUUCCAUGGAAAAACCUGUGACCUUGAAAGUAAGUGUGAGCCUAAUCCUUGCAGAAACGGUGGGGUGUGCACGGAAAACAUUGACAACUACAUCUGCUCGUGUGCAGCUGGAUUUAUGGGAAAAAACUGCGAACGGGAAUCAAAGUGUUUACCAAUCAACCCAUGUAAAAAUGGCGGCAUGUGCACGGAAGACCUGAGCGGUUACAAAUGCAACUGUAAAGAUGGAUUUGACGGAAUCAAUUGUGAAGUUCGCCAGACAAGCACUUCUUGUGACAGUACUCCUUGCUUGAAUGGCGGGACCUGCAUCACUGAUAUCUACGACUUCUCAAAAUUUUCAUGUUACUGUGCGUCUGGCUUUACGGGAUUAAGCUGUGAAGAACUUGCAUGUAACAGCUGCCCAGGAAUAUGCAUCAAGGGAGUGUGUAAAGCAGGUAUCCAAUCCCAAGAAAAAGGGUUUCAAUCUCUCGUUCUUUCCAACCCGCUUUCCAACUCACCUUGUGCGCCAUUUAAUCCCUGCCUUUUUGGUGGACAUUGUCUUCCGGACGGGGAGGACUACACUUGUUUAUGCCCUGCUGAUCGAGGAGGAUCUCACUGCGAACAUUUGUUUCACGAGAGCAGCUGUAAUGGCUGCCAUCACCACGCUGUUUGUAUCUCUAGCCAGUGCACAUGCCGAAAGGGAUACUGGGGUGACGGACAUAGAUGCAGACCAAAAACCUCUCCAUGUCAUCCCAACCCAUGUGAGAAUGGAGGUACUUGUCGAGAGAACGAUACUUUUGAAUCAUCUCAAUCGGACUGGUGGUGUGAAUGUCCCAAGGGAUACAGCGGAAAACGCUGCCACGAGUUCGAUCCAUGUUCGAAAAAGAAGUGCUACAAUGGAGGAACAUGUGAAGUAAUAGAUAAAGAACCAAAGUGUAAUUGCGACGAGCCAUAUGAAGGAGAGAGUUGUCUGCUCGAUAACGCUUGUUUACCAAAGAAUGGCGAAAAGAGGGACCCUUGUAAUAAUGGCGGAAAAUGUGAAUUCACCGACGGCAAAGUAACGUGUGUUUGUCCGACUCGGUAUGACGGUCCGACAUGUGCACUUGACAAAUGCGCUAAAUGCGACAAAAACGCAUAUUGCGAAAAUGGAGCUUGUAAGUGUCGCCCACCAUACGAAGGAGACGGAAUCACUUGCACGAAUCCGGAGGAGGAAAAACCUAAAAAGGCGCCUACCAAUCCGUCUGAGUUGGCAAACGGCUGCAAUCCAAACAAAUGCAAAAAUGGAGCUGAAUGCAUCGAAGGAAAGUCUACUUUUUUCUGCGUUUGUCCCGAAGGCACCUUCGGCAGGCUGUGUGAAAAGAAGAUUACACCCACAACACCUCCACCCAAAGCAGCGUGUCAUCCAAACCCUUGUCUUAAUGGAGGAAUGUGCAAAGAAACGGGGGUCAACCAGGAUUUUGAAUGCAUUUGUCCAAACCCUCGGUUUAAAGGGAGGUUUUGUGACGUGGACAUGUGUGCCGAAUGCGAUCCUCAUGCUCGGUGCAUCAAUGGAAAGUGUUUCUGCAGAAGAGGGUAUUCUGGCGACGGCUUUUCGUGCAAAAGAGUGAAACCAAAGUGUCCACCGUAUUCCUACACAGUUACCGGCGACAUUUGCAUUUGCAACCCAGGUUACUACAUGAACAAUACUGGGAAGCGCGCAUGUAUCCCGAUCACGGCGACAUCUCGAACAACAAUGCAGCAUGGGACUCAGCUGCAGAUUCCUCCACCAGCACUCGGCAGUACAGAAACUGGAGGUGGACAACAGUGGUCAGAAGACAUUGUUGUCACAGAAUACCGUAGUCUAGGCUGCUGGGCCGACACCUCCGAGUGGCGAGAUCCAUCUAAACGCGCCAUGAUGGUGAUGGAAGGCUUAGAUCCCAAUUUGGCCGACAAUUACCACGAGCGAAAACAGCCAAUCAGUAAGUGUGCUGACGUAGCCAAGAGGUUGGGUCUUAAAGUUUUUGCCAUACAAAAUGGAGGUCAAUGUUUUGGUGGCGCUGAUGACAAUAGUUACAAGAGGUAUGGAUCGUCUGAGAACUGCGGUGACGGAGUAGGGGGACCCUUGGCCAACGACGUCUACAAGCUCUGAGUGUUACGAUUGCAAAUGUUUCUUAUUUUGGGAAAGCACCUUAGCCUUCUAGCAAUCAUACAGGAGGCUGAACCUGCAUUAUCCAAAGUAAAAUUGCAGGUUAGGCACGGGUGCAAUGAACAGUUAAAACACCGCUCUGGCAAAAUUUGAGCUUUUUAAGUGCGGUAGUAUAAGUUUUUACAUAAGUUUGAAUCAAUUUUCAUAUAGA